CUGAUAAAUAAGGUUAUGUUACAUAAAUUCAUAAGUAUUACAAUAUUAUGAUUACUACAAAAACGAAAUAUAAACAUUAAAAUGUCGUUUCCAAUAACGAAUAAACUAUACCCAGCAAACCACAAAACGAUAUUCGUUCUCGAUCACACGCCAUACUUCGGAAUAUCAUGCGAAAACCCUAUUGAGUUCGACUUUUUGAAAAGUCGAACCCCCGGCUUCAUACCUAUGACCCCCAUUUCCAAGUCUUUGUGGACGUCCAGUGUCGAAUCGGCCAUCGAGUAUUGCAGGAUCGUAUGGGAUUUGUUCCCGCAAGGAAAAUUGGUCAGAUUUAUAGCCAGCGAUACUGUCGCUCACAUUUUGAACACAUGGAAUCCUACACAGCAAAAUUUAACACACAUUAUGAACGGAAUGUCCCUAAUAGGGGUUCCACCGCCUCCCCCGCCUCUACGAGCCGUCAGUACUCCAUUAGAUCACACGGUACUACAUGGCCUACGGGCCGCGAUAGAAGCUUUAAGCGAAGCUACAGAAUUACAACUACAGAAAUCCAGAAACGGCAUCGACGGCGCGAAAGUAUUAAACAACACCAGGGUCAUUUGCAUAACUUCCGCUCGUGAUAACGACAGCAUGAAACGUUUGGAGGAUAUUUUUCUGACCGUGUUAAAUCAGCAGAAUAAAAUGGCGACCACGUCGGAUAGGUUAUUACCGAUACACCACUGCCAUUUGGUUAUAAUCAAUACGUUUCCUAUCAAUAUAGACUCGCAUGUAAACAACCAUCCUCCGAAAAGUCUAUCGCAGAUACUUACCACCGAGGUGCAUUCUAUCAAAGCGCCGCUGAUACCAAACAAGCUAUCUUCGCUCAUUCUGGAGCAUUACGAUUUGGCCAGCACCACGGUGACCGGCAUACCUAUGAAGGAGGAACAGAACGCUUCGUCGUCGGCGAAUUACGACGUCGAAAUUUUUCACGCCAGUUCCGCUCAUACCGCCAUAUUGAAAGGUAACGCUUCCGAUUCGGCCGCCAUCAGGACCAUCAAAGAGGGAAUGGAGUAUGAAACGACGACAUUAAAAUGGUGCACACCUAGAGGCGUGACCGGUUCGGAAUUGCAAAAUUGUACUUGCAUGCACAGAAUUACGCCUGUAGAUGUUAAUUCCAGGCCGUCGUUGUGUUUGAUCAACUUUCUACUAAAUGGCAGAUCCGUAAUGUUGGAAAUGCCUAGAAAAGCGGGCGGGAAAAUCACUAGCCAUCUUUUGGCUGCUCAUGGAGGAGAGAUUUUUAUACACACUUUGUGUACAGCCAGGUCAGUUUUGGAAGACCCUCCAUCAAUAUCGGAAGGUUGCGGAGGUAGAGUAACAGAUUAUCGCAUUACCGAUUUUGGCAUGUUGAUAAAGCAGAAUACCCUGUUGCCAAUAAAGGUGAAACCUGGCAACGAAGAACCCGAGCAACCUAUACAGAAGAUGAAAACCAGAUUGAGUAGAUUAACUAGAUACUGGCCUCUGACCAUCAGUUCCACACUGAUUUUUAAUUUGAAGAACUAUUUUGACCCUCUACCGACGCUGAUAACAAAAGACAAAAUGACGGACGAGGAGCUGUUCCAAUGCAAAAAAGUGAUUUACAAUUUGAUAUCGCUGGAAUCCAAGAUGGAGCCUCUGCAUCCGUUAAACAGCGGCCAAAGGGUGAAAGGACAAAAGCGCGAGGAACAAUACAAAGCCAUGUGGAACGAAUUGGAAACGCUAGUCAAAAAUAAUCUCCAUUCGGAGAAUCACAGGAACGUUUAUACGUGUCUACUGGAAUGCCAUAAAUUCAAUUUUGAUGAGGACAAAAUUGCAGAUAAGGUCGAAUUGGAUGAUGCUUUGCAUCAACUGGAUAGCAUGGGCGCCGGUAAAUCCGACCAAGAAAUUCCGAGAGCGUCGGUGAUCAGAGCCACCACAGACUCGCCCAUGUCGCCGCCCCCUUUGACGAGCAUCGUCCCCGCCAUUUCGAGGAACUCGUCGAGCAGAAACGGCGGCAUUUACAACACGCAGAGGAGUUUAUUGGAGAUUUUUACGUCGCAAGAAAAAAUCAAACCGCGACAGGAGUUUUUGGGUCGUCAAACGGAGAGUUUGGUGUAUAAGUUGUAUACGAAUUUAAAAACGGACGAUAGAGGACCAAGGGAGAACAUGGAGGUUGAAUAGUUAGCGAAAGAUUGGAUGUUUUUGUAUGAUAAGC